CCCGCGCGCCCUGUGACCGCGACUGCCGCCGGGCAUGGUGCCAGACGUGACCUGAGCCGGCACCAUGCGCGGGUCGGAGGCGCAGACGCUGGCAGUGGGGGUGGUCGUGGUGGUGGUGCUGGGGAUGACCACGUCUCAGGCGGACGGAAGCCCCGCCGGCGGCGUACACCCACAGCCGAGUUUCAGCACGCCCGCGGCGACGUUUCAGGCCAAACAGGGAGAGACCAUCGUGCUCCCCUGCGCCAUCAAUCACAAAGGUCCGUACAUAGUGGUGUGGAAGCGCGAGCGGCGCGUCAUCAGCGCGCGGGAGGCGAUCGUGGCGCGGGACCCACGCUACAGCCUCCAGGACGGCUACAACCUGCGCAUCGACGGCGUGCGCCCCAGCGACCAGUCGUCCUACACCUGCUCCCUGGACACGGAGCCGCUCACGGAGCUCACGCACCGGCUCGAGGUGCUCUACCGGCCUGUAGUGUCGGUCCAGCCGGCCGGCGGCGUGCUGGUCGUCACGCGCGGAGAGCAGGCACACUUCAGCUGCAACGCCUCCGGCAAUCCCCCGCCCAAGGUCGCCUGGAGGAAGCAGGCUGGCCCGCUGCCGUCGGGCGAGACGCGCCACGAGGGCCGCGUGUACACCAUCGGCCAGGUCAGCCGUCAGAUGGCAGGCCUGUACGAGUGCGUGGCCGAGAACGGUCUGGGGGUGCCGGGGACGGCCACCGUCAGCCUGCAGGUCCAGUAUCCGCCCGAGGUCGAGGUGGAGAAGAGCGUCGUCUACUCGGGAGAGGGGUUCGAAGCCCAACUCGUCUGCUUCGUCUUCGCCGACCCCCCAGCAGAGGUGGGCUGGGCGCGCGAGGGUGGCUCGCUGGACCCGAGCCGUCACCUCAGCUCGGAGCGGCAGCUGGCCGGCACGAGGCACGUGCUCACCGUCCGCCCGGUGCGCCCGGUCGACUUCGGCACCUACUCGUGUCAGGCGGCCAACGCGCUGGGCAGCGCCGGCGGCCGCAUGGUGCUCACAGGUACCCCGGAGCGGGCCCAUGUGACGAGCAGCUCGAUGGGCACGGCGCCCGACUCGUACCAGCUGGCCUGGGAGGUACACAGCUACAGCCCGAUCCUCGAGUACCGGGUGGCCUACCGACAGAGCAAGUUCAACGUGACGGCCGGGCAGCCGGCGCCGGCCUGGCGCCAGGUGCUGGUGCCACCCACCGGCAGCGAGGUGGUGGGUGGCACCGUGCACCGCCAGGCCAUCCCGCUCACCCAGCUGCCACCCGCCACCCUGUACGACCUGCACGUGGAGGCGCGCAACCGGCACGGCUGGAGCGCCGUCUCCGACAUGUUCCACUUCUCCACGCUCGCCAAGGGAGAAGCUCUUGAGUCUCGGCGAUACAGCAGCGGGGCUUGGUACCAAAGCCUCCACCCCAGCAUAACACUGAUCGGACUUCUCGUCACACUUCUCAUCUCUACUUAUUUAUCCGAGUCUACCGAGACGUGAUGCUGCCGCGGCGCCAUUCGACCCGGACACCCGGCGCUGGGGUCGGCCAGCUGAGGCCCUCCGCUCGUGCCGGACGCGACAGUCCCGCCCCAGCCGUCGGACGCCGAGCCCGGAGAGGCUGCGGUCGAGGCAGCCGAUGUGGGCUGAUGUGGGCCGAUGUCGGACGGCGGCGGAUGGCUGGGGGCCGACCGGCGCUGCCGGCAAUGCGCGGUGCGGGUCGGUCCGGCUGCCGAGCUGCUGACGCGACCACUGCCGAGCUGCUGACGCGGCCGAGCCGCCGAGCUGCUAACACGGCGGCUGCCGAGGUGCUCGCGCUGCGCUCCGGAGCGGUGAGGCGCGUCCUCCCCUGAGGGAGCAUGGCGGGCGAACCGUGUCGAGGCGGCGGCAGGCUGAGCAGCAUCCGUGACACCCUGGCGGCCCAGUCGCGGACGACUGGUGUGCUUGCCGGUAUCGGCCUCGUCCCUGCGAUGUGCAGCUGCUGUGAUUGACCUCUGCGGGCGGCCGUCGUGCCGGGGUGACUGGACUGCUGUCGGGAUGCACUCUGGCAGCGCCUCUGGAUGGUGCGUCGGUGCCGGCGCCGGGGGCAUGUUCGGCAAGCGUGGCGUCAUGGCCACUCUCGGAGCGCUUGCCGAGCCUGAAGUCAUUGCUUCGCCGCAAUGCGGAGUCCCAGGAGGACAUACAAAUUAUCAUUCGGACCGCUGUUGUGUUUCCUGUAGCUAUUGCUCAUCUAUUUGGUAAUAUUCGUCCACUUGCCGAUUCUUUCUGAUUGGAGACGCUGUGUAGUCGCCAUGAACUAUGUUUUCUCAAAUGCAUUACGAAUGGCUGCUGAUUGUUAAAUGGGCGGGUGGCGUGAUAUUGCUGUGGCAUUUGCAUGGCCGGCGCAAGUGAAUUUGUGUCAGGAGGUGCUUAGGUCUGCUGACAUGGGCACGAGUUAUGUAUCAAAGUGACGUAUGGCGCCGGAACGGGCUGUUAUGAAUGGGAAAAUGAUUUAAAAGCAUACCAAGACGCGUUCAUACACGUGCGGCCAAGGACUCAAAGUCAUCACAAGAUUACUGCUGUUUCAUCAGUCGGCCGCGGUGGUGGUUGCCUGGUUUGUCAUGAGUGCACAUUGAUAAAACCGUAAACGCCUUGCCUCGUAUCCGAUUUCACAGCAUUUUCCUGCGUUCUGAUUACAAGUGACCAUGUUCAAGCUUUUCACGCCGCGCCCUGAACAUAGAGGAAGCACCACGUUUGCCGUCUAACGUCGCCAUCGUCGUGCUUGGGAAUAUCUUCUCUUAUAAGUGGAUACCGGGCAUUGCCCGACUCGUCUGCAGUGCUCACCGUGCCUGGACUGACAUCACCACCCUUCAAAUAUACAUGU